AUGCUCCUCGGCGCGCUGCUCGAUGCGGGGCUGCCGUUGGAUGAUGUGAAAGAGGCCGUUGGUGCCCUCGGCAUCCCCGGGGUCGAAAUCGCGAUGGCCACAGAGAUGCGCUGCGAGGUACGGGGCACCCGCGCCCCGGUGGACGUGUCGGCAGCGCCGCGCUACAGCCCGCGUCAGAUGCUGGACGCCGUGGCAGGGGCAGCCGCAUUGUCCGCCCACACCCGCGAACGCGCCACCGCCGCGCUCAACGCCCUCUUUGCCGCCGAGGCCCGGGUACACGGGGACGAUCCCGACCAGAUCCACCUGCAUGAGCUGGGCACGGCCGACACACUGGUUGACGUGGUGGGCGUCGUGCAUGGGUUGGAACAGUUGGGCGUAGAGCGCGUCUAUGCCGCGCCGUUGGUGUUGGGCGAACCGGGCGGCCCGAGGAGACCUGGCGGCUACAGCAACCCAGCGCCGGCGACGCUGGAGAUCAUUGCCGCGUCCGGAGCGCCGGUCGCGCCGGAGCGGGCUUUUCAUGCCGGCGUGGGGGAGUUGACCACGCCAACGGGCGCGGCCCUGAUAACCACGCUGGCCGAAGAGUUUCGCCAGCCGGCCCUGGCACUGAAUCGCAUCGGCGUGGGCGUCGGCGGCAAGGACCCGGCGGCCUUUCCCAAUGUGUUGCGUCUGUGGCUGGGGGAAACCGUCGGCGCUGACCUGCGGACCGACCCGUCCGGCGAGCCGACACCACCCGUAGCCCGCUGGCAGGACAACGUCGUGCUGCUGGAAACCAACCUCGACAAUGCCACCGGCGAGCAGCUGGGCUUCGCAAUGGAGCGGCUGUUCGAGGCCGGCGCGCUGGACGUGUGGCACACGUCGAUACAGAUGAAAAAGAACCGGCCGGGCGUGCUGCUGUCGGCGCUGGGUCCGGCGGCGCUGGAAAGCCGGCUGGCGGAGGUGUUCCUGCGGGACACGCCGACGCUGGGGGUGCGCGUCCGCCCGGUGGGUCAGCUACGUCGCCGACCGGGACAUCGUGACAGUGGAGACAGGAGUACGGGCCGAUGCGUCUGA